AUGAUCUCCCACAAACUCUGCUGCUGCGUCUCCAUUCUCGUCGCCCCCUUCCUUGCACAGCUCGCCUCCGGCGACGUGCUGUGGCAAGAAUGCGACAACAGCCGGAACUACACGGCGAACAGCGGCUUCCAAUCAAACCUAAAGCAGCUCUCCACCACCCUCCCCACUGAAUCCUCCUCAUCUCCCACCCUCUUCGCUACCGCCGCCGUAGGUGCCAUCCCGGACACCGCGUACGCGCUCUCGCUCUGCCGUGGCGACACCACCAACGCCUCCGCCUGCGGCGACUGCGUCGCCAACGCCUUCCGGGACGCGCAGCAGGUGUGCUCGUACAACAUGGACGUGACCAUCUACUACGACCCCUGCUACCUCCGCUUCUCCAACCAGAACUUCCUGACUUCCAUCGACAACACCAAACGGCACAUCAUGCCCAAUGGCGAGAACGUGACGUCGCCGGCCGCAACGUUCGACGCCGCCGUGGGUGUUCUCCUUGCUGCUGUCGCGGACUACGCAGCGUUGAACUCAUCCAGGCGGUUUGGCACAGGGGUAGAGGACCUCGACGUGAGCACCCCGAGAAUCUAUGCGAUGGCGCAGUGCACGCCGGACAUGGCACCGGCCGAUUGCCGGAGCUGCCUGGAGGGAAUAGUAAGUGUGAUGCCGAAGCACUUCAGCAGGCGGCAGGGAGGAAGGAUCCUGGGUUUACGGUGCAACUACAGGUUUGAGCUAUAUCCUCCAUUCUCGGACAGUCCGCUUCUACACCUCCCAGCACCGGCCUCGGGCGUGACACCCUCGGUAGAUGGAGAUGGAGAUUCUGGAAACUGGGAAAGCGUUCCAAACAUCAAUUUACCCAUGCUAGAUUUGUCAGCACUGGAAGUUGCAACAGAGAACUUUUCAGAAGGAAAUAAGCUUGGUGAAGGAGGGUUUGGUGCCGUUUACAAGGGAUCCCUUGCUGAUGGCCAAGAGAUAGCAGUGAAGAGACUCUCACAAGGUUCAGCACAAGGAAUAGCAGAGCUAAAAACUGAGCUGGUAUUGGUUGCUAAGCUUCAGCACAAAAACCUUGUGAGGCUUAUCGGCGUUUGUUUGGAAGAACACGAGAAGCUCGUUAUCUACGAAUACAUGCCCAAUAGAAGCCUUGACACGAUCCUCUUUGAUCCUGAGAGGAGCAAGCAUCUUGAUUGGGGGAAGAGGUUCAAGAUAAUAAAUGGGAUUGCCAGAGGUUUGCAAUACGUUCAUGAAGAUUCUCAGUUGAAAAUAAUCCACAGAGACCUCAAAGCAAGCAAUGUUCUGUUAGACUCAGAUUUGAAUCCAAAGAUUUCAGACUUCGGUUUGGCGAGGUUGUUUGAAGGGGAUCAAUCAAAGGAUGUCACAAACAGAGUUGUUGGGACGUUCGGAUACAUGGCACCUGAAUAUGUUGUUCGCGGGCACUAUUCGACAAAAUCAGACGUGUUCAGCUUCGGAAUUCUGGUUUUAGAGAUCAUAACAGGAAGAAGAAACUGUGGAUCUUACAACUCCGAGCAAUCCGUUGACCUCUUAAGUCUUAUAUGGGAACACUGGACCAGCGGAACGAUCUUGGAGAUAGCUGACCCGUCCCUUGCAAGCAGAAGCAGUGUUCCCGAAGAGGAGAUACUCACGUACGUGCACAUCGGACUGAUGUGCGUUCAGGAGAGCCCUGCGGACAGGCCUACGAUGUCACGGGCGAAUGCGAUCCUUAACAGCGACACCGUCUCGCUUCAGGCCCCGUCCAAGCCGGCUUUCUGCAUCCGGGCAUGUACCGCCGGGCCGGAACCACGACACGGCGCCUCGCAAGGCCGUGGCAGGCCGGCGGUGGUUUCACCAAACGAGGUUUCGCUCACGGAGCUUGUACCGAGAUAA